UGCUCACUCUCACCGGAGUCCGGCGAAGCAAGCCAGUCCGAUUCCCGCUAAAUCAGUAAAUGGGCCUUAUCAUAAUCAUACCUUUUCGAUAAUGAUUGAGGUAGAGCGUGCUUUGAGAAUUGUGAAUAGUGCACACCGGUAGCAGCUCCUACACUCUACACUACACAGUCUACAGCCCUUUGCGGAGUGAAUAACUAUGGCGGCCACUUCUCGCUUCGAAUUCGCAACAGCUACUCGCAUCGUGUUCGGUAGCAACACAGCCGAGAAGGAGCUAAGAUCCAUAGUGGAUUCGCUGGGUAUAACGAGACCUAUCGUGGUCACAGGAACUGCCAAGCGUUACAUGGGAGUUUUGAAAUUAUUGCCAGCCCACGAGGUGUUUGAAGUGCACGGUGAGCCGACCGUGGACGUGGCCACAGCCGGAACGGAGCAAGCAGUAACGAAAGACUGUAAUGGUGUCAUAGCUAUUGGCGGAGGGUCGGUGCUGGAUGUUGGGAAAGUGAUCGCUGCUCUAAUUACCAACGGUGGUGAGCCACUGGAUUACAUGGAAGUGGUUGGCAAGGGUCAGAAGAUUACAAAGCCGUCAGCACCGUUUGUUGCCGUGCCAACAACAGCAGGAACGGGUGCGGAGGUGACUCGCAAUGGUGUGCUGUGUUCGCCUGAGCACCGCGUCAAAGCCAGCAUCCGUGCUGCCACGAUGCUGCCCAAUGUGGCGCUGGUAGACCCGACUCUUGCCCUGUCCCUGCCACCUGCUGCCACGGCUAGCACGGGUCUGGACGCGUUCACACAGUGCCUGGAACCAUUCAUCUCCUGCCUGGCCAAUCCACUAACCGACGCCAUUGCAAAGGAGGGCCUGCGCCACGGCGCCAAGAGUUUGCUGCGUGCUGUACGGCAGGGUGACGAUAUCACUGCCAGGGAGGGCAUGGCGCUGUGCAGCCUGUUUGGUGGACUGGCACUGGCCAAUGCUAAGCUCGGAGCUGUACACGGAUUUGCAGGCGUACUGGGAGGUUGGUGUCCCGGUGCACCUCACGGUGCGAUUUGCGCCGUGCUUCUGCCGCACGUGAUCGCCGUCAACGCCGACGCUCUCAAGAAACGAGCUCCUGGCAGCCCUCUCCUGGCGCGGUACGAUGAAGUGGCACGCAUCAUCACAGAGCGUUCCAAUGCAACAUGCGAGGAUGGUGUAAAGUGGAUCAUUGAUCUUUGCACCGAGCUAGAUGUGCCCAAGCUAUCGACGUACGGCCUCAAGGAAGAGGAUAUCCCGACAGUCGUUGAAAAAGCAGCCAAGUCGUCCAGCAUGAAGGGCAACUCAUUGCUUCUCACCACUGACGAACUGAGUGAUAUUCUACGGAAAGCACUUUAAAACUCCACCUAUUACACAGUAUAAUAUUUCACUGGCAAAUUUAGCAAUCAAAUGGCAAUGCAAUUAUUCACAAAUUGUCACUAGACAUCUGAGAAGAAUUACUGUUGUACGAUCAGAAAAUACUUUAAAAGAUUUGUAUAGAUCUUGUGACUAUAGUCCUAUCUUUAUCUAAAGACAGUUAUCAAUAGCUAUCAAUAGCAGCACAUUAUUGCUGCAAUGCAGCAGCAGGGUGGGUAUGCCACAGUCUUCAUGUAGAAAAUUGCUCAAGCGCCCAUCUUCCCGUGCAUCACUUAUCUCUCAUUAUCCUCUCGUGCAAACAAACAUUGUUAAAAAAAAAUCAAAAUCAGUCGCCUACAGGA